AUGGAGCGCAGUGGGUUUGGUGACGUCUUUAGGUGCGGCAACGGCGGUGGCCGAGGUGGGGCCGCCCUUCUGACCAACGAGUCGUCCUCGCUGCAGCGCACGGCCAAGGCCCGAGCCCACGCGGCGCAGUACCUCAUGAUGGGGGUCGACAACGCAUUUAUGCCGCUGUUGCCCGAUCACCCAGGAAAGCGCAUCUCGCUGCAUAGACAGCUGCGUGGGCGUUACAACCCCACACAAAUCCCCCUCUCCUCGCUGUCAUGCGCCGCCUACCUGAGCGCAGGCGAUGUUGCGCAGUUGGCGACGCUGUUUCACCAGUUCAGCUUGUUUUCCAGCGAGGUGGCCAAUACCCUCGAUAUGGACGACGGCAGCGGCAGCGGUAGAAACCACAGCAGCGCAGAGGGGAAGAGUGGGGCCGCGGUGUCAGCGACAGCGAUGGCGAGACUGGCAAAGGCGACCAAGAGUCGACCCCGAUCUCCCGGGCGCGGAAACGAAGCGCGUCUACAGUCGUCCCCCGGGGUCUGCACUACAGCAGCAGCAGCAGCUGCUCCUCCUCCAGUGGCGAUGGAUGUUACUCAUGGUAAGAGUGGCAUGGGACUGGUGCGGUGUGUCGCGCGACGACCACCGCCGGCGACAGAACUCCCCGAGAGCUUGAGACCUGCCUCACUUCGAGGUGCUGGUGUUGUAGCCGCUGCCGCUGGGACGGCUGUGCCGCCUUCAUCAUUCGCCACGCCAUCCACUGUGAGAAAGGAAAAGGGGAAGUUGGUAGCGCAGACGCCGAUCAAAAUGGCGGCGGCGGUGGAUCGGCGCGAGCUGGCGGAGCCCUUCACCAGCGAAAGCAAUGAUGCUGCCUUAACCACCGGAUGGCUUGUGGAACUGCUUCUGGAGAUGGUGAUUGAAAAUUCCGCCCGUUCGGCAUGCGUUAGUGGCGGAGGCUCUGGGGCAGCAGCGGCAGCAGCAAUCACAUCGGGACAGUCGCCGAUGCCCUCUGCUGAGUCGCUGCCUCCGUCGCGGUCCGGUGCCGGUAGUCAUCAUCCAUACAAGAGCGGCAGCGUCGCUCCCGCAGCGCCAAUGGGCUUCAACGCCUCGACGACGCUCUACCAGGCUCGUCGCCGAGAAGCACGUGUGGAUGAGCUGCUCCACUUCAAGGCGGAGUUGACCGCCUGGGCAGAGCAUCUCGCUCAAAACUGCGAGCAGUGCGAGCACCGGGCUGUGUGGCAGCAAUGCGCUGCCCAAGAUGAGUUACUGCAACGCUACCAAGCGUGUGUCCUGCACAGCCAGUCUCCAAGGCUGGCGGGAUCCUCAUUGGCUAGUGCACCUGGCGUCACUGCUGCAGCUCUCUCUUCGCAUCCCAAGAUUAUGAGCUUCGAGAACUUUGAAUCUGCAGGUGUGCUGAUGAGUAGCAAGGCUGGCAGUAAUGUCUCCCCGCACCGUGGCGGUGGCGCCGGCGGACGUGGCAACGUUAGCUGGGGACUGCCGCACGUCGUCGACUCUGUUCUGCAGAAUGUGGUGAUGUCCCCUGCUGCACACGGGGCUCUCUGCUCCUCACCGCGGGGCUCAACUGCAAGACUGACCAAGCCGACUACAGACCCUCAGUCGCACAUGACCCCCACUUCGGUACGGCAGCAAUUACCAGGGAUCGCCACUCGCUCGGAGAUUGGUGACGCCGACGAGAUGCCUUCGAUGCACAACAGCGACAGCGGUGACGGCGGCCUCGUACAUGCCUCUUCUCCAGGGGAGAUCCUCCAGUCCACCGUUUCUUCUUUCACUGACUCAAUGACGCUUCUGUCAUCCAAUGCCGCCGGAGUGGUAGCGAGUGUGGCGCCCCCGUUUGUCAAUGCGCCUGCAGUGGGACUAAGUGGCGCAGCUGCGGAUCGAAGCCUGAUAGCAGUAAAGGCGUGGCUCACAGCCCCUGCCUUGAAGGACUUAUUGCUGCAGCCAGCACAGCUGUACGCGUAUCUGUGGACCUCGAGCGCCGCAGCGAGGCUAGCGGAAGAGGAGACAAGGGAUAUUCAUCACCAUCACCGGUGCGUGCGAAUGACACGUGGCGCACAACUGCUGCCUGGCAACGGGGGGGAUGGGUAUGCCGGAGGCAGCAACGCAAGCCGUGCUGGGAGUGCUGCGGGCGCUCGGCGCAGCCGUGCAGCUGUGGUGCAGUAUUUGGUGUGCUGGAGCGACGUCGCGAGCAACCUACUGAUGGGACUGGAGACGACGUGUCUGUCGCAGCGGCAAGAGUCGUCCUACGCGCGGGUGCCGACUGCGCUGCUCGAGGACUCGGCGGAGAUGGCGGCGCCCAAGACAGCCGGGCUGGGUUAUCACAUCGACACCGCGCCACCUUUAUCCAUCGGGGCCCAUGAGGAUAAAGGUGACGACGACAGCGACUCACUCGAGGACGAUAUGGCAGGUGGCGGCGGUACCGGCGUUGCGGGUAACGGCCACUCGUGCAGGCGCCGGCAGCACAAGAGUAGUUUCGGCAAUGACGCUGUUGCAUUGCAGCAGCGAGCGAUACUGUUCAGCAGCCUCGGCGCGGCUGCCGAGAACACCCUGGAUGUCCUUCAUAGGGAGGCGGCAGAUCACAUUCUCGCCUCCCCGACGCAGUGUUACACGGUCACCAGCAGCAAGGACGGCCUCCUCAAGGUGUGGGACACCAGUUGCGGUCAGUUUGUAUCCACAAUCCUGAACAUUGGGCAGUCGUGGGUGCUCACCAUGACUUUCCUGCAUGGCGGCGAGUUUCUCAUGGUGGCGACGAGCGCGGCGGAGAUCACCGUUGUGAACUUCCCGGCUGGUGGGGUGCUGCUGAAGCUGCGUGGCUGCACCUCACUGGCGACGGCGGUGCCGCAGGUCAAGCAGCUAUCCACGUUCUUUACAAAGCGCUAUGGGCUGAAGCCAGGUGAGUGUGGCCAGCACAAGCCGACGGACGGCGACGGUGGCGGUUGGCUCGGCGCAGCAGCGGCCGCCCGCCUCAUGGAGUGUGCGGAUGGCGAUGGCGAGCCUAUUGUGGCACGGCCCAUCGUGGGCUAUGUGACGCCCACCGCGGCCUUCUAUGACGCUGAGGUGGGCUUCUUCUUCUUUGGCACUAUGAGUGGCAUGGUCGGCUGCAUAGACCUGACAGCGAUCUUGUCGCGCACAGCCCUGCACGCCGCUGCUGCCGGCGCCGGGUGGGCGUACCCGCUGCAGGUGUACGACUCCGUCUUUGCCCAUCUGGAGGUGUUGCCGCCGGAAGUGGGCGCCACGGUGACACCUGCACCAGAGAUGACAUUGUCGUCUCUUGAGGCUGCCGUCAUGCACUCCCAUUUGCCCACCACUGACCGCCGCAAAGCGCGCGCACCGUUGGCGCUCUCGGUGGCUGCCAGCAGCCGUGGGGUGCCGGUGAACCGACUCUUCUACUGCGGUGUAGGGCACUGCAUCAUCUCUUCUGACCCCGACGGCGGCAUCGUACGCACCUCCUUCACUGCCGAUGCUGACACCCUUGACUACACCCUUGGCACUCCGUCGGUGGUGAUGGCGACUGCCAAGCCGAUUCGCUUCAUGGUGAGCUGCUCUAGGGGCCGCCGCUUCGUCACAGUGCACCGAGACCGCCGCGCCUUCUUGUGGACUGUUGGCCGCACCUUGACGGAGUGCGUUCAUCAGUACCCCCAGGAGGCGUACGACAUCAUUGAUGCCUGCUUUAUGCCACCGCAUCAGCAGGUGGCCAUGCUCAUGGCGGACCACAGCAUCCGCAUCUACGACGAGAGGGGGUCGCGUCCGUUGACUUUCAUCCAACCUCCGCGCGGGCUAAGCAGCAGAGCCGAGGACAUUGCCUCCAUGACCCUCAAGUGCUCUGCCAACGACGUUGAUGGCUGCUUGACCUACUUGCCGACGACGCAGCGGCUGGUCUGUGGGCUGCGGGGCCCCGUCCUGUAUGAGCCUGCAGGACGUGCCCCGACGCGGGGUGCCGCCUCGACCGGUACCGUCAUGGAUCUCGAGAUGCUGGUCACGACUGAUGCGCGGGAGGGGAAAAAUUUGAACCCAACUGACGCAGCAGCCGUGUCAUCGACAGCGGGGAUGCGGAUGGUGGAGGUGCACUCACCGUCUGCGGUGUCGUCAUCGCUGGAGUCCUCGCUGUCGUUGCCCCCGCUGCCGCAGUCGAUCUUGUCCUUCUAUGCGCCAACUUCGACUGCUCGUGCGGCAAUGCAGCAGGUGACCAUUCUCGUGUCGAGGCACCCGCGCAACGUGUCCGCUUCCGUGUCAAUCGACUCUUCCGCCUAUGGUGGGUUGUGCGGUGCCGAGGACGACGCCACCAGCACGGAAACUGAAAAAGCAAGGACUGCUGCUGCGGCGGCGCAGAAGGAGAAACGGCGCCAGCGCCAGGUGAGUGCCACUCUGCAGAAGUGCCAUGAGCGGCUGCGGCCCUAUCAGACUCACUCCUCAGCCGUUAUUGGGCUUCUGCUCGACCCCGAGCGCGGCGAGCUACACAGCUUCAGCACUGAUGCGUGGUGUGUGUGGUGUUACGAGACUGGUAAGCGCCUCCGUGCGCCUCUCCACGUCCCGAGUGCGGCGGAGAAAGAGCUGGCGGUGCGCAGCCGGCGUACGCUCCUGACGUGCUGCAGCUGGAGCACCGAAGGGCGCACUCGUGUGCUGGUUGGGACACGCGACAGCCGCGUACUGACCCUGGACGCACGCGUCGGAUCCGUCAUGAGCACGACGGAGCCAUUCACGCAGAGUGCCAGAGGCCCGACGGCAGGCGCUAGCAGCCCCAUCCUCCUCGCAGAUAGGGAUGUUGGCGCAAUCUCCAGCUCCGGAAACCGCACACUGCUGUGCAGCGGCCACGUGUGCGAAGUCCGCCGGUACGAGGUCACGAGUGCACCGCAGCCCAGUGGAGAGCAGAAGUUUAUCUCUAUGCGAGUGGAGUUGCCCUCUGCCGCGUCAGCCGUCACGGGGUCAUCAACGCACGGUGGUGGGACCGCCACUACUAUCGUUCCUGCAGCGGCGGUAGCCAAGGACAUGAAGGGCACCACAAGCACCGCCCGUGGUGGCUGCAGCGAUACCACAAUCACUGCCUGCUGCGUGGUGCGUGAGUCUCACCUGUGUCUUGGCACGGCCGACACACAACUCUUUUUCUACCGCAUGGUCGACCGCAGCAGCCCUGUGCAUGUUGAGGUGCUGUGCGACGCACAGGAGGUGCCGGACGUCGGCCGCGUUGUGGGCCUGAACUACCUCAACAAUUCAACGCACGACAUGCUGCUCGCCGUCGUCGACACCGGGAUCCUCUUCCUGUACUCCUACACGCUGCAGCGCACACUAGGUCGAUACAGCUUUCCACUUUUAGGGAAAACAGUGUUUCCCGCCGUGCCGCAUGCCUGCACACCACGGGCGCACACGCGGGCUCCACAGCAACAGGAGCACUACAUCACCAGUGUUGGUCUGGCGUGUGAGGUGAUAGGGGCGCCGCAGUCAUCGUUGGUGAUAAUGGCCUGUGGUGACUCGGCGGGGUACGUGCAUGUCGUACCUCUCGCCCACAUGGUCGCCGAGGCUUCGAGCACUCUCUCGCGUGAGAGGGGCGUGAGUGGCGCAGCGCGCGUGCCAAGGGCUCACAAGUUGCGCGUUGCGGCAUCCUUUCGCGCCUCGCGCGGCGGUAUCUCGUCGCUGGAGCUCCUGGCCGUCAACUCCUCGAAACCGAUGGUCGGGAUGCCCAGUUACGUGGCCACGACACCGACCUCCCCGGAGCAUGUCCUCGCCGACAAGGGCGGCCGCCCCGAUGUCCCUGCUUCCACGACCGCCACCACGAUGGCAACGCCGUCCAACGCGCGGUUUUCCGAGCCAUUUCUGCUCGUGUUUGCAGCGGGCUUUGAUGGUAAUGUGCGGAUCUUCAGUCUUUCUAUCAGCGCACUACAACAGCCGGAUGUGCUGCCAGUGUUCCCCUUAACCCUCACCACCUCCACCAGCGCGUGGUCGCUGCCACCGACGCAGCCGCAACUGCUCCAGUCCACCACCGCCAGCGCAAGCUGUACGAGAGCGUCGCUGAACAGGGCAGUCCUGAGCAGCCAGCCAGGAUGCAGCUCGUCUUUUCACACAGUUGGCGGCCGCAGGGCCUCUCUGCUGAGCCACGCCUCUGGUGCCAUGCGCUACGAGGUGACGACGGUUGGGCUCUGCGGAGUGGACACGUGGGACCUAUGUGAUCCUCGCACCUUCAGCGAUGUCGAGCAGGCCAUGGUGAUGACUCAAGCCCGCAGCGAUGGCCACGUUGGCGUCGUGCUGCCCUCCAUCCUCGACGACGUAGACGACAGAGAGAGUAACGCCGAAGGAUGCGGAGUGGCAGUGGACAACGACAGCGCUAGGGAAGACCACACCGCUGCCGUCGGUGUGGCGUCCACAAUACCGGGGAAGGGAACCGGGGCCGUGUUGCUCUACGACAUCCUGCGCAAAUCCAAGAAGCAAAGAACAGGAAGCUCCACCGCCGCCGCCGGCGCCAAUGUCCAGCCGCUCUCGCAUCAGCCGCUCUCGCAUCAGCCGCGGCUAGCGGCAACCACCACCGUCACUGCUGCGGACGGGGCAGCCCUUCGUCAGUGCGGCACCGCACCCGGGUCCCAGCCGCUGCCACCGCCGCCCUCGACGCGCAUUGCAUCACCCACUGCAACGGCAGGCGUAGCCGGCGCACUGGCUGUCACAGCGCGGUCGAGGAAGGACGAUGCUUGCGCCAACAAUGAGCCCGUACGCUCUCCGGGGUGGUGCGCAAGCGCUGCACUGCCUUCACCGUUUCUCCCGUCGCCCCCACCAGUGCAGUUCAUGCCCCAUACAAUCGAAGAGCUCGUGCGCGAUGCGCUGCCAUCUUCAUGGAGUCGCUCCACCACCAUGAGAGGGGGCGCCGCGGCAUUUUCCUCUCUUUUUGGCUUCCCCCUGCACAGCGCCGCAGACGACAUGCGCGACGACAGCAUCAACGAUACUCUUUCGCCGACCCCGUCUCCGCGGGAGAAGCGGAACCCGCUUGUGCGCGUGUACCCGCUGGCCCUGCUACGGCGUAUGGGUCUGCUUCACCCCCUCGAUACCACCCCAGAUAUCGAUCCAGUGACCGGGCUGCCAGUGCUUAUCUCCGCCUGCGAGGCCUUCAAACCGUGGGAGGCGUGGCUGCUGGGAAUGGGGAGUGUGAGCACCGCCGCGACGUCAACGGUGCAGAUGUCUACCUCGCUCACGUGCAGCGUCAAGUCGGUGCAGCCCCCGCUGCCGCCGACGGAGGUGAGCGCACCGGCGUCAGCAGUGGCGCUGAGGGGCACUGGCACGGUCAUCAAUGUGCCGCAACGCGCGUCGGCGCCCUCGUCAAGUUGCUCGUCCUCUUCGUCCUUACCGAGCGGACUCCUGUGGCCUCGUCGUAUUACGGUGACUGCAUCUCCGACGUCGCCAUCUCUGAUCCCUGAGUUCGAGAGGAGUGCAGGGGAGGAGGUGGAAGAGGGGCGGCGGCGCAGCAGCACUGGUGUCGACGAUACAGAGGGGGGAGUAUCGGUGUUUCUGACUGAGGGAGGGGUAGAAUGGGCUCGUCCGAAGGCCUUCAUCGAGACCAACACCAACCCUCUGCCCUCUCUCUCGGGCACCCCACUCACCGAGACGGCAACGGGGGAGACGAGCUUCGGCUUGCACCGUACGACCAAGGUGGGCGAGAGGACUAUUGCGCUUGGUGCAGAGCCGCCCCAACGUCUCACCGUCCGCGACAGCGGGGAGGCGUUGUCACGACAGUCCAUUUCUUCUGAGAGCCCGAGCACUGCCCUCGCGUGGUCGAGCCGCUCGCGCCCUCUGUUCUUCCCGCCUGCACCCCCCACCCCAGCGCAGCUGUUGGAAAGCCAGAAGCUUACAUAUCUGCGUGGUGUCUUGGGGAGCGUCGAUGCAGAUGUGCUCCGUAUGAGGGAGGAUCAGAUGAUGUUGGUACACAUGGCUAGGCGACUGGAUUGCUCACGACAGGCGCCGCCGCCAGCCUGUGCAGGCACUAUUCCCACCUCGACAAGAAGCAUCCCUGCCAUGGGUGAGUACACCUCUCGACUCAUGCGGCUGUGGCGGCAGCGCGCCGGCGACACGGCGGCGGCGACCGUUGCUGCUGUCAGCACCCUCGGAGCUGUGGAAACCGCAGGGACGCCCGGCACCGCCGCCGCCGCCGAGGAAGCGGGAGCUACCAACAACGCCCGCGUCGCCACGACCGCUGCGCGCGUCCGAGAGGCGAAGCCGGGAUAUGGCAGCGUGCCGACGAGGGGGUUAAAAGGCAGCGGUAACGGGGCGUUGGGAAAGGCGAUGGUGGCGCCAGGUCAGCGCGAGCCUACGGUGAUGUUGUCUUCUUCGAGGUCAAUGCGGCGAUCGACCCACGAAAGUCAGUCCAACUCCAUAGCGGCGUACGCCUCGAUGCUGCAGGCAAGUCCGCCCACAACCUUCGGGCUCGACCUCUUGGCCCUAUCGCUGCCAAAUGAGCCACAGGCAGCGCCGACUCGCGCGCAGCACCGCACUAGCCGAGGCGCCAACGCAGUGUUGUCCGCCAGGGCCGCUGCAUCGCCUUCGGGGCGAGGAGCGAAGGCUGCCAUGUCAGCGGCAGACGGAACUGCGACAUCGUCCAAAGCGAUCCCUCACCUCGAGGCAAGGCUUCCCAUGAUCGCGGUGCAGCAGGAGGUCCAGCCGAUCCGAGUGAACUUGCCAUCAACGCUCCGCAGGGAUGAAGGAGAGCGGAUGUGGCUACGGCGCUUCGAGGCCGUCUUCAACAGCGUCGACAGCGGUAAUAGACGCUGA